ACAGGCACAGCCACCCUCCCACCCAGCAUGUCGGGCACCCGGGCGUCCAACGACCGCAGCGGCCACCCCGCCGCCGGCGGGCUGAAGCGGGCGCGCAGCGAGCCGGGCGGUAACAAAGUGACGGUGGUGCUGGGAGCGCAGUGGGGAGACGAAGGCAAGGGCAAGGUGGUCGACCUGCUGGCCACCGAGUCGGACAUUGUGUGCCGGUGCCAGGGUGGGAAUAAUGCAGGCCAUACCGUGGUUGUUGAUGGGAAAGAAUAUGAUUUUCACCUAUUUCCUAGUGGCAUCAUUAAUCCAAAGGCAAUUUCUUUUAUUGGUAAUGGAGUGGUUAUACAUUUACCAGGCCUGUUUGAAGAAGCUGAAAAGAAUGAAAAGAAAGGUUUGAAAGAUUGGGAGAAAAGACUGAUUAUAUCAGAUAGAGCACAUAUAGUGUUUGACUUUCACCAGGCAGUAGAUGGACUCCAGGAAGUGCAACGUCAAGCACAAGAAGGCAAAAAUAUUGGCACAACAAAAAAGGGGAUUGGACCAACAUAUUCUUCCAAAGCUGCACGAACAGGCCUUCGGAUUUGUGACCUCCUCUCUGACUUUGAUGAAUUUUCUUCAAGAUUUAAAAACCUGGCACAACAAUACAAGUCAAUGUUUCCCACAUUGGAAAUUGAUACAGAAGGACAAUUGAAAAAGCUAAAGGGAUAUGCUGAAAAAAUAAGACCCAUGGUUCGAGAUGGUGUGUAUUUUAUGUAUGAAGCUCUUCAUGGCUCCCCAAAGAAGAUCCUUGUUGAAGGAGCCAAUGCAGCAUUACUUGAUAUUGACUUUGGCACGUAUCCCUUUGUGACCUCGUCGAACUGCACGGUGGGCGGCGUGUGCACCGGGCUGGGCGUUCCUCCGCAGCACGUGGGGGAUGUGUACGGCGUGGUGAAGGCAUACACCACCCGCGUGGGCAUCGGCGCCUUCCCCACCGAGCAGAUCAAUGAAAUUGGAGAUCUUCUACAGUCCCGUGGCCACGAAUGGGGGGUAACUACAGGCAGAAAGAGACGCUGUGGCUGGUUAGAUCUUGUCAUUUUGAAAUAUGCUCAUAUGAUCAACGGAUUCACUGCUUUGGCAUUAACGAAACUGGAUAUUCUUGAUGUCCUUGAUGAAAUUAAAAUUGGUGUUGCCUACAAAUUGGGUGGAAAAAGAAUUCCAUAUUUUCCAGCUAACCAGGAAAUACUACAGAAAGUGGAAGUAGAGUAUGAAACAAUGCCUGGGUGGAAGACUGACACAACUGGAGCACGAAAAUGGGAGGACCUUCCACCCAAGGCCCAGAAUUACAUCCGCUGUGUGGAAAACCAUGUUGGAGUGCCAGUUAAAUGGGUUGGAGUUGGGAAAUCAAGAGAGUCGAUGAUCCAGCUGUUUUAAAGAAAUGAAGAACUUCACUGAUGAGAAGCACAACUUGGCGUUCAUUGAUUCCUUACUGCUUCCUCUUUAAAUGGAAAUGCUAUUUAAACAAACAAAUUCUUCUAGGAGUUAAAUAGAAACACAACAUAUAUUCUGUAUUGUAACAUUUUAUUUAAGUUUUCAGUAAAUUCAGUGCAAAAUCUCCUUGGUGUCCAUCGUUAAAAAAGUCAAAAAAGGAUUCCUAACAAAAUAGGGAAAUAAUUUUUUUCAACUGAUCCGUGUUAUUAUUUGAAAGUACUUUACACCUAUAUAGUAUUUUUCCUUGCUGAAACCAGUAUUAAGCCUUUUCCAGUAAUUAUUGGGUAACUUUAGAAUUGUGAAGCUUGGAUUUUUUUCUUUAAAUGUUAAAAUAUCUGUGUAUUUGGGUUGGCAAUACUAGGGCAGAUACCAUGCACUGAAAUUAUAAAGAUUUGAAUUAUAAAGAUUUUCAGUUCUUCAAAUACUGCAGAGUUAGGUGGGUUUGACUGCACAAAGCAAAGCAAACACAAUUAUGUAUAAUUUUUAUAUAAUGUUUUUGAUAGCCUACUAAAAUUAAUGGAGAGCAGCUAAAAUGUAAAAUGUAUUUAUUACAAAGCCUAUCCUAGUAACUGAGAUAACAUCUGUAAAGGGGCCAAACUGGAGAAAGCUGACAUGUGUAAUACUUCUUUGAACUAUUCUGUGUACUAACAGAGUGGAAACUAUCAGGUGUGUGGCCUUUCUUUUAUGCAGUAGGAAAAGGAAUGAGUGAAGGUGGAAGGAAUAGAGACCUCAGAGUACAAAACACAUGAGGAGAGAGGAGCUGAGACAGCACACUGCUUUUUCUCCAUGAACCUGGGACAUUUCUUCCUGCUAGUCCUGUGAUUGAAGUUUCCCAAGUUCUACUGUGGUACUCUGUUGAGGAGCCUGGGACUUGUGGCUCUGUAAGGCACUUGCUUCCACAGCUCAUAGGUUUCCAAGAAUAAAUCAAUGCAUGACUCAAUGAUGACUGCUGCAGUAUUUACACCCCUCACACAUUUUGACCUUCCUCAGUAAAAUGUAAUGCCUAUUUAUAGAAGGGGAUGACACGUGGCAGCCAGGGUUGGGACAUGCAGAAGCUGUGGAGAAGUCCCACAAUCUCCAAGAAUGUACUUGGACUUCUUUGUGAAUCUUCUAAUUUGUAAUAGUUAUGCAUCAAAAGCUCUCAAAAAAAGCCUACCUCUUGUAGAGGAAAAAGAUUAAUCUAGAGACAGGGUUAUUCCUAACUGCAAAAUUCUCCAAGUAGAUGUUUUUUUAUAUAUGUCUCUGAGAGCUAUAACAAUAUUUUUGUAUCAUUCCCAUGGGCUUUGGAAAUGGCAUCACAUCCUCAGUGAUGCCAUUAUGCAGUGUGUAAAAAUUGCCUUUUUCUGACAUGGUAACUCCAAGGGUACAAGAUGAUAAGACUUGGCAUUAGAAAUGGGGAAAAAAGGAAAACCUGUCAGGAGGGUCUUGUGCCAUACUCAUCCCUUUUGUCUCAUCUCACUCAAUAUCAAAUGGCAGAUAAUGUUCAAAGCCAUUUGUGUCAAAAAACACUUCUAAAAGUACCAGUGCAAAGCACUAAAUGUAACUGUUUAGAGAUGUUUUGCUGCUUGUAAGGCAGAAUUCUUACACCAUCCAGCUCUGGUGCAGUCUCUAUGCCCCAGUUCUUUGCAGUCUGGCUUCAUGAACAAGCAAAUACCCUUUUUCUCUAAAAAAAUCCAACAGAAAAGAUCCCAAAGCUGUGAAUCCUUACUUCUAACUCCUUUGUCCAUCUUUGACAAACUGUUCAAUCUUGCUGCUGCUGGUUUUUCAAUCUGUAAAAUUAAGAUUAGUAAUACAUCCUCAACUCUUCAACACUGCUUUCUGGAGUUCCCUGGGUCAAGCCCUGCAGUCCUUGAUCUGAAUUGAGGAGGAAGCUCUCCCCAUCGUAUUUAUGGCUGUUCCGAUGAAAGACCAAUGAGAUUUCUGACCUUAUUUAAUAUUUGUGAAGCACUUCUGAAAGAUACUUGCUAAGUGCUAAUUAUCACAAGCACUGUGAAGUGUGCCUCAUUUAGGAGGUACUUUAAGCAUAAAGAUGCUUGGAGAUACAGUAAUUAAGUUUUGUUUUCACAUGGCUUAACCCUGUGACAUUUGCCUUCUGAAUGAUCUAGAUCUGUCCCUUUUCAUGGCCCCAUCUCCCUCCAUACAUUUGUGCUGGGAGGUGGCUGCUAUAUUUAAGCUUUGGUUGAUUUAUAGGCAAAGGCCACAGUGACUAACAAGCCACUUGGUGUGCUGGAUAACUGGAUUAAAUUAUCUACUCUAAACUGAGUAUUUGGUAUAUUGAAGACAAUUGCUUUUAUAGUGUAAUUUUCACAGGAUUCUUUUCCACCUGAUCAUUUUAUUUUCCAUUUUUCCAUUAAGUAUCCAUUAGAUCCACACAGCCUGUCCUUGCUUUCAAGGAUUCAUAAAAAAACCCAGUGAUGUUGUCAGUGAGCAUGAUGUAAUAGGCAAUUAUCCCAUGACUUACUCUGUUACCAUAAAAAUAAUAUCAUGCAUUUCAUUUCAUAGCAUGGAUAUUUAAAAUAAAAGUUCUACUCCUAUUAAAUUUUACAUGUGCUGUCAUUGAGUUAAAUGAGAAUAAGCUCAGGCUUUUAUCAGAAAGCUCUUUAAUCUACUGAGGGACACAGUGCUUAAUAUGAACAUUUUAACUUAAAUUUCCUUUCAUUUUGUCUGUUUUCCAUGUAUGUUAUUUUGUAUUGUUUGGAAUUUCAUUUAAUAACAAUCACUGUGAUGGAUUUAGCUACUUCUUUCUCCCCAGCCAAAUUCAAUAAUAAUGGCUAAAACUGGCUGAUGCAUCAUCUGGUUUGAUAUCUGGAUGGAAGAAUCAGGGUAAACGUUCACUGAAAGGCCAAAAUUUGUGGUAAAGAUUAUAGUUUUUUAAAAGUAGCAACUACAGAUUCACUCCUGCACAGUAAUGUUUUUGAGAUAUUUUCUGACACUUACUCUUGCAAUAUGGCCUUCCUAGUCAGAUAUACAUGUCCUAACACAUUCAGGAUAGGAUUUUGAAGCUUUUGUAAUUUUUAAAUUUGGCUGUAGAGGUCUUAGAGUUCUGGCAUAAUGCACUUUAUAAGAGGAAAGAAAAUGAAGCAUUUCCAUAGUAAUGUGCAAUCCAUACUUACAACUUAUGCAGAUUUUUUUCAGAUGGUUUUUGAUCCACACCUGUUUACUUUGUCAUUUAAGAUGUAUUAAAACAGAUUUAAAGUAACAGUGCUUGGUCUCUAUUUCUCUUAUUUUUAACAAAUUUCAUACAAAAACCUGGUUUAAUAUUUCAUGAAUUUUAGAAAAUAAGUAGCAGCAUUAGUGAAUAAAUGUGUUUUCUCUCAGUCUGCUAAUUUUCAGCAUUUGGCCUUUUUUCGCAAAUUCCACAAACUUUGUCUCCCUUUCCAUUUACAAACUGAGCACAGAUCUACUUUAUUCGUGGUUAGUCAUCUUCAGUUAGCUCCCCUGAGUGACCAAUGAUUUUAUGAAGGAA